AUGGAGCAGCUCAAUAUGCCGCCCGGCGGCAUAAUGCCGAACAUAAACACAAUGCAGCGAGCGCAGCCUACAAAUGAGCACCAGCAAGUGUAUGCUGUCAUUGCGAAGCAGCUGACGGAAGGAAAGACCGCACUCGGUCAAGGAUGGCAGUCCACAUUCGACAUGGGUCAGCGUGCGGGUAUGACUAUGCAAGUUGUGAGCGCCUUACGUCUCCUUGGUAAUGGGUGGAAGCAAUGCCUUGAAGUCGCACUUUUGUUUGAGUCACGCACCAUUCAACAAACUCAGAGCAAGGAAGAGUACUUCCAACAUAUGCAAGGUAAGCUUCGAGACAUUCAGCAGAAGCGACAGGAAGGUAUACAGAACGGUCAACUCAGCCUGCAAAUGCCGAACGGCAAUGGCAUGAACAGCAUGCCGAACAACUCCAUGGCCGGUAUGAAUCUACCCAAUAGUGGCAUGGGGAUGGCGAACGGUCAGGUGAGCAUGAACGGCAACCCACAGAACCCGGCUAUGCUGGCACAUCUGCAGCGUCAGAUGCAACCCGCAUCUCUUCAGCAGCCGCAGCAAGGCAACAUUGACCCUGCUGCCCUGCAGAAUUCCGGAAUGCCGACCCAGAUGCCGAACAUGAACGCUGGCAACAUGCAGCAGAUGAAUGGCAAUCUUGAUUCUCGCAUGCAGCUCCAACAAGUGGAUCCUCAGGAAUUGUCUAAAGUGGCUCAGCAGUUGAAGAAUAAUAUGCCUGAGGAUCAGCAGAACAGCAUUCGCCAGUCACUCUUGGCCCGCAUGUCAGAACCUGAACGCCAGAACUUUGCUGCCAGAGGCCAAGACCCUUUGACGCGGCUGCUUCUUUCGCGCGCGAGAGAGAUCAUCACCCGCAGAAGACAAGGUCAGCAGCAGCAACUCGGUGGUUUGCAGACAAAUGGAGGCACCUCGCAGCUGUCAGGGGCACAGGCUGGCGGGGCCAAUAUCGACUUCUCCAGUAUUCUGGGCCAGCAGGCCAACGCACUGAAGUUGCAGGAGUCUGGUGAGCAAGUUGUGCCAGCAAGCAACAACAACAACUUCAGCAUGGGAGGUCUUCCGCAGAACGUCAAUCCGCAGAUGCUGGGCACCCAGAAUAACAACCCACAGCAAGACCAGAUGCAGCGUAUGUUACUGCAGCAGCAACAACAGCAGCGGAUGCAACAGCAAAAUCUGCUCGCACAAAGGCAGGCGUUACAGCAGCAACAGCAGCUCCGUGGCCAGCCCGGCGGACUGAAUGCUCCAAACGUACUCAACGGCGGUCCGGCUGGCCAGCUCAACAGUCCUGCCAUGUCAAUGUUGAACAGACCAAUGGUGCCUCCUGGUCAGAAUGGACCUGGUACACCUCAGCAAAACAGGGUACAACAGACUCCUCAGACGCCUGCGAACUCGGCCACACAAUUGAUGCAGCAUCAUCAGCAGAUGAUGAACCAGAACAGCGCAGGUGUGCAACAACCUAAUCAAGGCCCACAGGUAAUGAAUCAGCAGCGCUUGGAUUCUAUCAAACAGUUCGUGGCACGUCCUGAAAUCACUACUCGGAUGCGUACUAUGUCGGAGGCCCAGCGCGCAGAGUUCAUGCGAGCAUUGACAUCUGGGCAAGGACCGAAGCAAGCCUUCGAAGCAGUGGCACGACUCGGUCAACAGUCUGGCCUACCACCGAAUAUGAGCUUGAAUGCAGUUCCACCAAAUCAACUCUCGGGUUUGAACGGCGUUCCACCAGCUAUGACUUCCGCUGUACCGCAAUUCAACUCGCAGCCCCCUCCAAACCAGCAGCCUGCACAAUUCGACCCCGUGCAAAUGCAACGCCUGCAGAAAAACCAGGAGUUCAGGCUACAAGCCAUGAGUCUCCGUCCAUAUCCACCACAGAUACUACCACAGUUAGGCAUUAAAGAUCUUGUGCCGGAUAAUCUGAAGACCUGGGGCUCGCUGAAGCACCAUCUUGGGCUCAAUAGGAACUCGUUGCCGCCUGGGACGUUGGAGAAGGUACAGCAUCUCCAGGACCAGUGGUUUCAAGCACAUCCGGAGGAGCUCAAUGAAGGCGGCAAGCAGCUUCGUGCGAACAUGGCAAGGCUGCAAGCACAACAGGCUCAGCAAGGCAAUCGUCAGCAGCCUGGUGCUACUAUCAAUGGCCUGUCGAACAUGCAGAUGCCCAAUGGACAGGCGCCACAAGCUCAGAUGGUACCGCCGACCGCUCCGAUGCAGUCUGUGGAACAGGGCAAUGCGAAUACUGGCCAGAUGCAGCUGAAUCAAGCACAGAUGAACAGAGCAGCACCGAACGUCCCGAUGCCUAAUGCCGCCGACUUAGUUGAAAUCAGGCAGCGCAACCCUAGCACGGCAAAUAUGUCAGACGAGCAGAUUCGCGGCGCCUUGAUUCAGAAGCGGCGCGAGGCGCACGCCAGAAUGCUCACCCAGCAGCAGCAGCAACAGCAGCAGGAGGCAAUCAGAAAUGCACAACUGAAGCGUGCUCAACAGCAGAACCAGAACGGGGCUAACCAGCAGGGUUCGCGAGGUCAGCAACAGCCACCACGACCUCAACAGCCAACUCAAGCGACGCCAAUGCCUGGUCAGAAACGGCCACAACAGCAGGGUAGCGACAGCGACGAUAUCAUGGAAAUUCCAAACCCAAACGCAUCCGCCAACAGGCAGGCUCAGAUGCCGCAAGCUGCGACAGCGAAGGUCAGUCAAGCACAGCAGAAGAAGCCGCAAGCACAGACAGCUGGGAUGUCGCAGAUGCAGAUCGAGCAGUACAACAACAUGUCUCCCGAGCAGCAGAGAAAUGUUAUGCAGGAGAUCAAGAAUCGGCAACAGGCGGAAGCGUUGAAAAGAGCGCAGAUGGGGCUAUCCACGCCGCAGCAGUCUAGCUCUGCCGGUACCGGACCACAGCAACAGCCUGGCCCUCAGACUUCAGGAACAGCGUCAAAUAACAUGAGUAUGCUACAGCAGAAGCUGAAGAACAUGAUGACUGAAGUAGCGAGGACCAAUCCCAAAGGUCCUCCUAUUCCAGUUGAUGCCCAGACUCUCGAACAAGCUCAGGAGGUCCUUAGGCGACUGUGGAUGCCUGUAGCUAAGAUGGAGACAACCUAUGUCGUCGCCGCGCAGCUACCGGGGUUUGAGAAGAAACUGAUGGGUGUCAUGAGGGCCAGACUGUUGGUCAAUCAAAAUGCCAAGGACGCCUCGGGUGCUAUUAGGGAUUACUUGAGCUUGAGUCUGCACGACUUGAAACAGCUGGAGCUCAUGCUGCAGGUGUACUUCCGCGAGUUGAAGGCAACAAAAGACCGAAUGGACGAGCAGAAGGCGCAGGCUGAGGCAAGGCAGGCUCAGGCUCAGCAACCACAACCAGGACUUCAGCGUCAACCGUCGUUCACGGGCAAGCAGCAACAGCAACAGGCAACUGCCAUGGGUCAGAGCGCCUCGCAGCAGGGGCAUAUCAGGAAGGCGUCCUCGAACUCGAAAGCACCGCCCGCGCCGAUAGAGAACAAGAGUUUCGACUGGCCUGGCUCGGAUCCGAGUCCGCAUGGUGUGCCGAAGUACGAUGGCCGUAGUGAGUUGACGCCCGACAAACUCAAAUUCCCUCCUAGCAAGAAGCGCAGGACUGGCCAGCCAGAUAGCCAGGAGUCGACGCCUGCUGGGCAAGCCGGAACUCCGAGUGGUAUGAUGGCGAGUCCCAGCAAUGGGCCCAAGACCUCGCAGACCCCGGAGCAGAUGCGAAAGGCGCAACCUGUGCCUGUCAAGACCGAGCAAGAGAGCGAAUCGCGGGCCAAGGGCUGGAGGUGCAAGGAUGUGCUGUGCGAAGCCAAUGCCAAAGGUUUCGAGACGGAGGAACUGUUGCGAAAGCACGAUGAGGACGAGCAUAGUCCUGUCAAGGAUCCGUUGGCUUUCAUGCUGGAGAAUGCGGCGAGCGCGCUUGGGGUUGAUCAGGAAGGUGUGCCGUUGGCUGUCCGACCCAAGCGUGAGACGAAGAUUGCUACCAAGCCUUUGGCUGGUGCGAGCAUGAAGCGUGAUGUGAGCAAUACUCCGAUGAUCAAGCAGGAAAUCGGUACGCCGCAAGCUGGCAGUUCAAGCGUCAAGGCGCAAGGUAAAGCUUCUGAAGUCGCGGCGUCUGUCAAGGAAAAGACUUUGCGAGAAGUCAUCGAAGCGAAGAUGGGCUUCGAGCCGCCUCCUCAGCAGGCAUCCGAGACUCUGUCCGAUGCAAACACCACCACCGAAGAUGACGACGACUUCGUCUCCCAACUCCUCCCCUCAGCCUUCAACAGCGACCAAACCUCCGGCAUAGAAUCCUGGACCGACCUAACCCUCACCGACUUCGACCCCGUAGACCUAGAUAACAUUGACUGGGGUCUCCGCCGCACCCUCUCGUCGCACAGCUCCUCCCCGGAACUAACGCCUCCGAGUAGCGAGUUGAGUAGCAAGGAGAGCGAGCUUUCGCCGUUGGAGAGGCUGAGGAUCAAUUUCGAGUAUGAUUAUUGGGGGACGGGGGUGCAGGGGCAUGUGCCGGAGGGGUUGGCGAGGAUGGCUGAGGGGUUGGCGAUUGGGGACGAUAGGGACAGGGAGAUGGGUGAGGCGGGGGAUGGGGAUGAGGAUGGUGGUGCGGGUGGGGAUGAGAAGAAGGUGGAGGAAAUGGUUGAUGAAUUUGAUUGGUCUGGAGAUCUGGUGGCCGAGAGUACGGAUUGGGAGGUUCUUUUUGGGAGUCAGUGA